CUCAAUCGAGAAAGUAGUCUCCAGCGCUGAGAACUUUCCGGCCUCCAACAAUUUUUUUUCCUCAGAGAGACUUGGAGCUUGACACUGAAUUUUGAUAUUUACUUUCUACUGGCCGUUUUCUCUGAUCAUUUUCCUCAUAUCUAACUCCGAAAAUACUCGAAAUUGAUGCUAAUCAAGAUGACGACGUUCACAAAAAUCGACGAUGGCUCGCUUCCCACUAUAGCCGUUAACUCUGCGGCGCGGCUAUCCAAAAUCAACCCCAACAUUUACGGCGGCUUUACAGAGCAUAUGGGCAGAUGCAUCUAUGGAGGCAUCUAUGAUCCCGGAAACCCUCUGUCGGACGAGAAUGGAUUUCGAAAAGAUGUUUUGGAGGCCUUGAAGGAGCUGAACAUCCCUGUUAUUCGUUAUCCGGGAGGGAAUUUCGUUGCUACCUAUCACUGGCUGGAUGGUGUAGGUCCGAAAGAAAAACGACCGGCAAGGCCGGAGUUGGCAUGGCUAGGGACGGAAACGAAUCAUUUUGGGACCGAUGAAUUUCUCAAGUGGUGCGAGGUGCUGGGAACAGAGCCAUACAUUUGUCUAAAUUUUGGAACAGCUAUGGCUUGGGUUGAAUAUUGCAAUGGUACUGGCAACACCUACUACGCCAACUUGCGAAGGAAGAAUGGCCGGGAAGAACCAUACAAUGUCAGAUAUUGGGCAUUAGGAAAUGAAGUCUAUGGACCUUGGCAAGUGGAACAGACAACCAAAGAAGCUUAUGCCCACAAAGCUUUUCAAUGGGCUAAAGCACUAAAACUGCUCGACCCGAACCUGAUAUUGAUCCUCUGCGGUGAGAGUGGCACAACAUCAUGGGAUUACUAUACAUUAAGGGAGUGUCUCAAACCUACUAGAGCUGCACUCAGUAGUAACCCUACUCCGCUCAUCGACAUGCAUAGCAUACAUAUGUACACGGCCUCAAAGGACCAUCUGCAAAAUGCAACGGCACCUCUGGCAGCCGAGCGCGCGAUCGAAAUAGCAUCUUCGCUAAUUGAUCUUGCACGGAUAGAAAAUGGAGUGUCGCCUGACGACCCACGCCCAUCUAUCUGCUUUGAUGAGUGGAAUGUGUGGGAUCCUCUUCGAGCAGAAGGCAGAUUUGGUGCUGAGGAGACAUAUACCUUAUCAGAUGCAUUGGCAGUCGGGGUCUUCCUCAAUGUGUUUAUUCGCAAGAGCCGAGAUCUCGGCAUGGCGUGCAUCGCCCAGAGUGUCAAUGUCAUUUCACCUCUCAUGACAUCUCCAACUGGUAUCACUAAACAAACAACUUGGUGGCCAUUGCUUCUUUUCUCGAAGUAUAUGCGUGGAUGGACUAUUUCGGCCCAUGUUUCUUGUGGAGCCUACAAUGGCGGAACAUCACCUUCAUGGCUACGUAGUGUCAAAGAGACACCAUGGCUGGAUGUUAGCGCAUCCCUAAGUGAUGACGGCUUCGUCAAUGUGGUUACUAUCAACGUACACGAGCAUAAAGACUUCGAGGCGAAGGUCGAAGGAGCUAAGGGUCCCGUCAACGUCUUUACUGUUACUGGAGCUGAUGUCACGGUCACGAACAUGAAAGGAAAAGAGGAAGUGGGCGCCAAAGAAACUACGUGGGAUGGCCAAGACCAUUAUGUGUUUCCGAAGCAUUCCUUAACCCUGAUGCGCUGGAAAGAGUAAUAUCUAGCGAAAGCGAGCUUUGGUACGAAGUAGUAUUCAACUGCAGAACUUUUACAUAG